CUUUAAAGAAGAAAGCAUGAACAUGAUUGAGUGAUGCAAUGCGUGAAUUCGUUUGAAAAGUUUCCGAAUAAGAAGAUAUGAAGUAGCCGAAACUUUUAAAAUCUUCGCUAGACGGAAUUGGAUUGGAUGAAGCGAAGUCGAGGAAUGAUGUAAUUUUGAGGCCAAUUCAUCCAAGUUUAAUGGAAUGAAGUAUUACAUCUCGCCACGUACCGUUGAGGGGCAUCCUAGAAAGUUCCACAGUGUCCAGUAUGCAACCAACGAAGUUACAAUGCAAUUACAACUCCGCUGCUGCUCAUCAUAUCUAUGAUGGCGAUGUCGAGGCCGUGGUACACAGGCCGCAGCAGCGGGAAUAGAUAAGGCAGCGAGGGGCCCGCGUGCCGAGCCAGUCAUGUGCAGUGUCAUGUGGCUUCUUCGGCUCCUGACGAUCUACCGCUUGGCUCACCUCUCGGCAUCCGGUACGCAGACAGUUACAGAACUGCCUCUGACGGACUCGAUUUCGACGAAAUCGACGACGGCGGCAAAGCGAUCUGUGCCGACGGAUGCACCAAUGCUGAACUACAUCUUUGAUACGCACAGCACUUUGAACAAGCAUCAGCAUCAUCACGAUCACAAAUGGGGCCCUCACUUCGAAGGCGAGAGCUCCAACAUUACCGUACAAGCGGGUGCUAGUGUUACGCUCGAUUGCAGAAUAUCGUUGCUGCAGGACAAAACCGUAUCCUGGCUGCGGCGACAGGAGAGCAGUGAGAAGAUGAGAUUGCUGACGGUGGGUCAGCAGACGUAUACGGGCGAUUCGAGAUAUACCAUCGAAUUUCAGUACCCAGACAACUGGCGUCUGCGUAUCAAGCGUGUUAACAGUAGCGACGAGGGCCAAUAUGAGUGUCAAAUCAGCACCCAUCCACCAAAGUUCAUUUAUGUCAACUUACACAUUAACGCGCCGUCCGUCCAAAUAGUGGACGCCCUAGGCGAACCACUGCGGGACAAAUACUAUGAAGCUGAUAGCACCAUCGAAUUAUUGUGCGUCGUACGUCAUAUAGCGAUGCAGGUGCAGUACAGCGUCGUCCAGUGGCUCCACGGCAAUAGAGUGCUAAACUACGAUACGACGAGAGGUGGUAUCAGCGUGAAAACGGACUUGAUGGAAGAGGGGGCCAAUUCGACUCUCAGCAUAGCUAAAGUCGGACCUUCGGAUAGCGGAAAUUACACCUGCCAGCUUACCACCAUGCCGGACCAACCCGCCACAGUUCACGUUCACGUUUUGAACGAAAGUUUAGCCGAGUUACAUCAUAGCGGUGGACGACUUGUUCGAGCGGAUGCCGCUAGCUCAUCACUAUUCUUCCUGGCUGUCGUUCUAGCCCGAUCAGGUCAGGUGCUCAGAUGAAGGCUCGAACAGCUUCCUUGGGUACCACGAAAACUGACCGGGUUGGUGGGAGAGCACUUCGUGGCGAUGACAAAGGGACAGUGCUCCUCAACGAUACGUUAUCAUCUAUACACCGCACGAACUUUUCUAUUAUCGUGACGAGAGUGGACAUGAGGGCCAAAGUGGGAGUGUGUUACGUUACUAUAUUACGUUGACAUAAAAGACGUAGGCGAAGAGACAGAGGCGGUUGGCUGCGUUGUUUUGAAACGUUAUUCUAAACGCGAUAUGGAUCGCUCGACAUUCGCGAGAUUCAUGUCGGAGCAUUUCUGUAUCGCAAAAUAAUACCUUCGUCAAUUCUCAGCACAAUUUUAUUCAAGCGUUUAUACAUGGGAUUGCAAUUUUCCACGCAGGAUAGACGCCUCAGUGAACGGCCGGUUUUAAUCUCUUUAGCUAAUUAAUUCGUCCGAGAACUCACAAUAUUAUGUACUCAUUUAUAAGAGUAUUAUGGAUUUAAUAAUUAUUUGUUAAAAUGUGAUAAGUCGUUUACUAAUGUGCCUGUCUCAUUUUUAGCUCGGCUCGAUCGAAUUUCACUUCGCGAAAUUCCAUUAGGCUUGAAUAUUUCUGGGCGAUACCCAACAAGAUGUACCGACUAAAUUACCGCAUAGCAUGCUGCUUACCAGAUGCGAAGCAAAUUAUUCGGUCAUUGUGAAACGAUACGGCGACACUGUUAACAUCGAUCGUGCUGUUUGGUGCGCAUUUGAUUACUCAAUAUUAGCACAUUGGUAAGUUAUCAUAGCGCAGUCGCUCUCGCAGCUAGAAAUGACCAAAGCUAUAGUAAAAUCAUAAAUCUGCGUAUAACCGAAUAACCAAUAACCGGUAAAUAAUAAAGGCUCGGAGCACAAAAUGCUAACCGAGUCAUUGGAGUGGCUGCUAUCGCGUAUCACUAUGGCUGUGAUAAUCGAGACAAAUUGCGCUGUUCAAUUCGGCCUCCAUCCAUCACUAUUCAUACCAUUAUAUUACGAAAUUCUCGGCAUCCAGCGGAGCGUUU